GCUCUGUUAGUCGGAAGUGAGCGGAGGCAAUAACAUUACUAGCGUUAACGUUUCUGUGACAUUUUGUGGUGUGUCGAAGUGUAUUUAUCAAAAUAACCGUCUUCUGGUACUGAGGAAACUACAGUGAUAUGAAAAUAGCCUGUAAAGAUUUGCUGACAGACACUUAAAGGAUCUAAUAAUGCACUUAGAGAUCGUUUUCCAUGGUAGCUCUCACAAUUAGCCAACUUGCUAAUGAACUAGUAGUAACGUUAGUUUCGUAACCUCAGUCUUUCCAGCCCGCUAACACCGAGACUCAGACGGCGACCGUUUAAAAUAUAUCUCUUCGUCCGUAGUAACAUUAUUUCUGGAGGUGAUAUUAAUUUACUGGACUUUUACUCGAGACCAAGAGCUCCAUCUGAUACAACCUGCUGCUACAAGUGUUUCGACAGAUAACCCCGCAGACAGACACACCGAGCCACAGCAGCGAUGAGCUUCUUCGGUUUUGGCCAGAGCGCAGACAUCGACAUAGUGCUGAACGACGGCGAGACGAGGAAGAAAGCGGAACACAAGACCGAGGAUGGCAAAAAGGACAAAUAUUUCCUUUUUUAUGACGGCGAAACAGUAAGCGGGAAAGUUAACGUGACACUCAAAAAUCCUGGAAAGAGGCUCGAACAUUACGGGAUCAAAAUUGAGUUCGUAGGCCAGAUCGAGCUGUACUACGACAGAGGGAACCACCAUGAGUUUGUCUCUCUUGUGAAAGAUCUGGCUCGACCUGGUGAACUUUCCAGCUCUCAGUCGUUUGACUUCGAGUUUGCCCAUGUGGAAAAGCCUUAUGAAUCAUACACAGGCCAGAAUGUGAAACUGAGGUACUUCCUUCGUGCGACAAUAAGCCGAAGACUGAAUGACAUCACCAAAGAAAUGGAUAUCGUAGUACACACCCUGUGCACAUAUCCAGAAUUAAACUCCUCCAUAAAGAUGGAGGUCGGAAUUGAAGAUUGUCUGCAUAUUGAGUUUGAGUACAACAAAUCCAAGUAUCACUUGAAGGACGUAAUUGUAGGGAAGAUCUAUUUCCUUCUUGUGCGGAUAAAAAUAAAGCACAUGGAAAUCGACAUAAUAAAACGCGAGACGACGGGCACAGGACCCAGCGUAUACCAUGAAAAUGACACCAUUGCCAAAUACGAGAUCAUGGAUGGAGCACCAGUGCGAGGUGAAUCAAUCCCCAUCCGAUUAUUUCUCGCCGGCUAUGAAGUGACCCCCACAAUGAGAGAUGUUAAUAAGAAGUUCUCUGUGCGAUAUUACCUGAAUCUAGUCCUGAUAGAUGAGGAAGAGAGGCGAUACUUCAAACAGCAGGAAAUCACCCUCUGGAGGAAAGGAGACAUUGUAAGAAGGAGUAUGUCCCAACAGGCCACUAUUGCUUCUCAGAGAUUUGAAGGAUCGAACUCUGCAUAUGCCUCAGCACAAACCAAAGAGGCCAGCAGUUAGGCAGACUUCGUAGGAGGCACAGUACAUCCUCUAUUGCCUCAAAUGAAAUGUAUCAUCUUUUAUAUUAUGUAUCCAAGCUGUUGAGGGAUCAGCAGUAUAUUGAAGACUUUAGGGGUAGAUGGGAAAGGAAAUCGUCCAUAAAGAACACACAGGUGCUCAGUUUAUAAACAUGUACAUUUACUAGCUCUUGUCAAUUGAGUUCUCAAGCUUCUCUUUCAAACCUUUUGAUCAUGAAUCGAGGAAACAAUCAAUGCUAUAUUAGUUUCCUAUAUAUUCAAGUUCCUUUACAUUCAAGUUGUUGCUGAUUUUUAACUAACAUACGUACAAAAUUGACUUUCGCAUUGUCUAUUCAGAAGCAUUCCUAUCUUUAUGAUCAAGUUAGUACUUUUUUUAGCAUUCAUUUUCUGAUAAAUGAGCCUGAAGUAAACACUGGGAGCUUUUUGUGUUCUGCAUUGGUGUCAAAUGUUUGUAUAUUUACAAUUCUUUUAUUCAUAAAAAAAAAAAACAGAUUUCUGCAUAGUAUUAUGGAAGCUAAGAAAGGAGGACAGCACAGAAAUGCUCAACACACUUUCCUAAAGGGAACAAAUCAUAUUACAUGACGAGCAGAGGCUGUCCUUGUUUUCAAAUAUUUGUAUUUCUGAUUGAAAGCAUUGUUUGUGUCUAAUAUGUAAAUUUAUAUCUGCUAAAAGUGCUCUCAGCAAGUCCACUGUGUUCCAAACAGGCAGUCUGUAUGAGUGUUAUUAUAUGCUGCAUAAUUACAAAGUGUCAGUUUUUUUGAUGAAUGUUGAGCUCUACCUUUCUUAUAUUUUGCCAUUUUAACAUUGCUCAGGUGGAGCGAUCAUUCAUGCUCUCAUAAUGGAAAGCACUUUUGCACAAUGGAAGCUUGAUGAGCCAUAUUGUAAAUAAACUUUGCUAACUUCUGGGUCA